CGUCAGUCUGUUCUGGGAUGGUAAGGUAAACACAAGCGAAUCUUCCUCUUCCUGCCUCUAAGCCGCUCCACAGACCUCUACAGAAACUAUUGAGUGCUCCUGACCCCCAUGGCGUGUGGACUGAGAGCCUACACCAGGGCAAUCAAUCACAAACUAAGGAAGCGGUUUGCGCCCUACUGUGUGUGCGUUGGAGUGGUCGUGGUACUGGUCACGUACUUUAUCCUGAUGCAGCCUGAACCUCCCCCUCCAGACACCCACUCCCAACCGGUGUUCUCCCUCGAGUGGCCAGGAGCAAAGGGAGAGGAGAGUCACCCAGGCCUGCCCACACUGUACAUCAUCACACCCACCUACAAGAGGCCAGAACAAAUCCCCGAGUUGACGCGCCUCAGCCAGACCCUGAUGCACGUCCCCAAACUGCACUGGCUGGUGGCUGACGACGCAACCCAGCUCAAUCAAGAUGUUGUAGACUACCUCAAGCACACUGGCCUCCCCUUCACCUACAUGCUCACACCCAUGCCAGAGAGGUUCAAGAGGCAGUGGUUUGGGAUGCUUCCCAAGGGUGUGGCAAACCGUAACGGGGCGAUAGCAUGGCUGCGGAAACAUGCAUCGGGGGGCGUCCUAUACAUGGCUGAUGAUGACAACACUUACGAUCUGCGUAUCUUCAAGGAGAUGCGGCACACAAGGAAGGUGUCCAUGUUCCCUGUGGGCCUCGUGACAAAGACGGGAUUGUCCUCGCCGGUGCUGCAGAAUGGUCGCUGGGUCGAUUGGUUUGAUGGCUGGAUCGUUGACCGAACUUUCCCUGUUGACAUGGCUGGUUUUGCUGUCUCUGUGCCCUUCCUCCUCUCGGUGCCGGAUGCAGGAAUGCCUUACAUCCCUGGCUAUGAAGAGACAGGUUUCCUCAACAGCUUGCAUGUGACUGUAAAUGAUAUUGAGUUUCUGGCCAGCAACUGUACCAAGAUAUAUGUGUGGCACACUCGGACGGAGAAGAACCAUCCUUCCACCAGGGACAUAUUAGACAAGAAGUAUGAUGGAACCAAUCUCAGACAGCUACAGAAAGGGAUGAUAAUCAAAUAACAGGAGUUGAGAAUUUAUUUAACUGCUCCUUUCGCUCUUUUUCACUCAUUAUCACCCCAUUCACAUCACAGCUAUAUCUUCCCCAUUCUUCCUUUCUUUCUCUCUGUCUGACUUGACCUUGUUAUAGUGACUCAGGAUAAUCUAUUUAAUAAAAUUACAGUAGACUGAAAAUGAAUUACAUGGGCCUUAUUUUUAAAGAGCAAACUUCCUAAAAAUCAGACAAACAUGCAGAUGAGCAGAGAUUUUAUUAUUUAUAUUUUUUUUCUAUAUAUUUUUACAGGAAAGGAAGCCACUCAAGGGCAUAAAAAAAAGUAUAGGAAAAAAAAGCCUGCUAAAUGCUGCUCCUAAAAAAAGGUAAAAGUAAAGAGUGGCCAAAAGAGAGGUCAAUUUUGGGUGGAGGGGUGUCUUGAUAUUCUCCUCUUGAAAGAGGCCAAGUCAUGCAGGAGGAAAUACAGAUGAAGGAAGGCUGUUUCAGAAUUUACCAGUGAAAGGGAUGAAAGAAUUUAGAUGCAGGUUAACUCUUGCAGAAGGGGUUUAGACAGCAUAAGGAUGAGCUAGAGUAGAAUUUAAGAGGUAGAAAACUGCUAGUAAAAGGAGGAGAGUUGAUGAGACGAAGAGCCUUUGACUCCAGAGAUGGGAAGAAUAAGAAGAAAAUACAUUCCGAGAUGAGGAAAGUGACUUCACAUCCCAUUCUUUCUUGUGACGUCUGAGUUGCCACACUCUACCUUCCCUGGUUUCCCCAGGUACCCCAUCUAGCAGCCAGCCAGCCAGAAAGAGAGGAUAAACAGAUUGGUGAGCUGCAUACAGACUGCCCAUGCAUCACCUCUCCCACCCCACAACACCAAGCCAAGAGACUGCCAUGCAUCACAACACCAAGCCAAGAGACUGCCUGUGCAUCACCCCACCCCACAACACCAAGCCAAGAGACUGCCCACGCAUCACCUCUAGCCACCCUACCCUACAACACCAAGCGAAGAGACUGCCUGUGCAUCACCCAUCCCAUCCCAUCCCACCCCACAACACCAAGUCAAGAGGCCGGUUUAAUUUUUAGUGGCUAGCUACAAAUUGGGUGCCCCAGGUUCGAAUAUACUGUGCAUCGCCCACCCCACAACACCAAGUCAAGAGGCCGGUUUAAUUUUUAGUGGCAAGCUACAAAUUGGGUGCCCCAGGUUCGAAUAUAUACUAAGUCAAUAAUACUUCAAAAUGCCUCCGGAGGAACACUAAUCAGUAUCUGGUCAUAGAAGAAAGAAAUUGUAUCCCAUUAAUUUAUUUAGUCUGCAGAUCUAGACAUUUGCUAAGCAGAGUUUCUAUAAUUUAUAUGCAGAACAAAACCAGUUUGAGAAGUCAAGUUGACUAAUCUGCAACAGAUUGAUGGUAGACUUGUCACCACUGCAAGGGGACUUUCCAUCUAGACUUGUGCAGGUGACUUGUUGGACAGUUGCAGUGCUGAGGUCCCAUCCACAUGGGAAUACACUGUCAGACCGACAAAAGCGAGGGUUUUGCCCAUCCACCGCUCACUCACUCGCCUCUGCCUCGCUUUUGUAUGUAUAUGCUGCUGACAGUGUGGAUGGAGCUGAACAGUGAUUAAACUUCUUUGAGGAUUGCAAAAGCUGGCAGCUUCUACAAUGCAAGACACCUGAAUUCAUGACCAGAGCUAUGAUAGAAAUUAUUUUGUCUCAAAGUAUAGGAAUACUUUGUAAUGUGCUUCAGCUAAAUAAAUAUCCUGGUGCAAACAC